AGCGCAGAUGACACAAAGAGCCGGCUGGUAAACAUGUAGCCAGUUAGCUUGCUGGUUAGCAGCACCCAUGGCUCGGUGCGUAAAGAUGUUCGCGCUAAGUAGAUCGCGUAUUACGAACAUAUACUGUAAUCGGUCAAAAAAAAAAAACAACCUAAUCAAUAUAUUUGCUUACCGAUUCGUUUCGAAACUCAAUGAACAAGGAAACAAUUUUUACAAAUCCGAUCCACUUUAAUGUUUUUUAAUGUUUGAUGCGCAGCUGUCCCAACUUCUCAUUAAGAAGAUUUCACACUCAACUCCAUGGCAAUGAAAGAGGCGAUGGUCCAUGAACGCUCAUGGACUCACAGAAAACAUCACGUCCAUCACCAGCAGCAACAGAAAUUGGAGCCCAGAUAACACAGUGAAAAAGAUAAACCAUGAUCCCUAUCACUGAACUGCGGUACUUUGUGGACACACAGCCAGCCUACCGCAUCCUGAAACCAUGGUGGGACGUGUUCACAGACUACAUCUCCAUCGUUAUGCUUAUGAUCUCGGUGUUCGGGGGGACUCUGCAGGUCACCCAAGACAAGAUGAUCUGUCUGCCCUGCAAGUGGGUGGUCGAUCAGACCUGCAAGAAGAACUUAAAUUUGACAUUCACAUCACCUUUUUCUUUGGAACCCAAAGGAAUCCAGUAUGAUUUGGACCGCCACCAGUAUAACUAUGUAGAUGCUGUGUGCUACGAGACUAGAUUGCACUGGUUUGCCAAGUAUUUCCCCUACCUGGUGUUACUCCAUACCCUUAUUUUCCUAGCCUGUAGCAACUUUUGGUUCAAGUUUCCCCGCACUAGUUCCAAACUAGAGCACUUUGUUUCCAUUUUACUGAAGUGCUUCGACUCGCCUUGGACCACUAGGGCUCUUUCAGAGACGGUGGUUGAAGAAAGUGAUCCGAAACCAAUGAAAAUGAAUGGUUCUUUGGAGCACAAGGAAUCGGUUAUUAGCGAAGAUGUGGAAGCCAGUGUUCCAAUGCUCCAGAGGACAAAGACGCGCCUCGAGCAGGGCAUUGUCGAUCGAACGGAGACCGGAGUUUUAGAUAAGAAGGAAGGUGAGCAGGCUAAAGCACUCUUUGAAAAAGUCAAGAAGUUCCGAAUACACGUGGAAGAGGGAGACAUUGUAUACAGACUGUACAUCCGGCAGACAAUUAUCAAAGUCAUCAAAUUUAUCUUGAUAAUCUGCUACACAGGGUAUUAUGUGAACGAUAUUAAGUUUAGCGUUGACUGCAGCGUCGAUAUUGAGAGUCUGACCGGUUACAGCGUGUACCGCUGUGCUCAUCCGUUGGCUACACUUUUCAAAAUCUUGGCCUGUUUUUACAUUAGCUUAGUGGUGGUGUAUGGCUUCAUCUGCAUGUAUACACUGUGCUGGAUGCUGCGACGCUCUCUCAAGAAGUAUUCCUUCGAAUCGAUACGAGAAGAGAGCAGUUACAGUGACAUACCCGAUGUCAAGAAUGACUUUGCAUUCAUGUUGCACAUGAUAGAUCAGUAUGAUCCGCUGUACUCCAAGCGCUUCGCCGUGUUCCUGUCGGAAGUAAGCGAAAACAAACUGAGGCAGCUCAACCUCAACAAUGAAUGGACACUGGACAAGCUCAGGCAGAGGAUAACGAAGAACUCACAAGAGAAGCUGGAGCUACAUUUGUUCAUGUUAAGCGGCAUUCCUGACACGGUAUUUGACCUGAUGGAGCUGGAGGUUCUGAAACUUGAGCUCAUACCAGACGUAACCAUUCCACCGAUAAUCGCUCAGCUCAUCAAUCUGCGAGAGAUGUGGCUUUACCAUACGCCAGCCAAAAUCGAAGCGCCGGCGUUGGCUUUUUUGCGGGAGAAUUUGAAGUCGCUCCACAUCAAAUUCACAGAUAUCAAAGAGAUUCCUUUAUGGAUUUACAGUCUGAAGAAUCUGAGUGAACUUCAUCUCACCGGGAAUCUCAGCGCUGAGAACAACCGCUACAUUGUCAUUGACGGGCUGAGGGAGUUGAAACGACUCACGGUUCUUCGUCUUAAGAGCAAUCUCAACAAACUUCCCCAGGUGGUGACAGACGUGGGCAUGCACCUCCAAAAGCUGUCCGUCAAUAACGAAGGCACCAAGCUAAUGGUGCUCAACAGCCUGAAGAAAAUGGUCAAUCUGACCGAAUUGGAGCUGAUUCGUUGCGAUCUUGAGCGCAUCCCACACUCCAUCUUCAGUUUGCACAACUUGCAGGAGAUUGAUUUGAAGGACAACAACCUGAAGACCAUUGAGGAGAUCAUCAGUUUCCAGCACUUGCACAGGCUGGUCUGCCUUAAACUCUGGUAUAAUCAGAUUGCCUACAUUCCCAUUCAGAUCGGCACGCUCAUCAACUUGGAGAAACUGUACCUGAACAGAAACAAAAUUGAAAAGAUUCCCGGCCAAUUGUUUUAUUGCCGCAAGCUUCGCUUUCUGGACCUGAGCCAUAACAACUUAACCAUACUUCCAACCGACAUUGGCUCCCUGCAGAACCUUCAGUACCUUGCUGUGACUGCCAAUAGAAUCGAAAGCCUACCCAAUGAGCUUUUCCAGUGCAAGAAACUGCGUACUUUGAACCUGGGCAACAACUGCCUGCAGUCCCUACCGUCACGUUUCGGUGAGCUGACCGGACUGACGCAACUGGAGCUGCGAGGCAACCGUUUGGAGUGUCUGCCUGUGGAGCUGGCCGAGUGCAGGCAGCUGAAGAGAACUGGUCUCAUUGUAGAAGAAGACCUCUUCAACACUCUUCCCACAGAGGUCAAAGAACAAUUGUGGAGAACGGAUAAAGAGCAGAUCUAAGUGCAACACAGACGGGAAGUGUGUCAUGUACAGCCAGUAAGUUAGGAAAAAAAUUCACCAGUUUGGCACAAUUUUUGUUCUUUCAAUGCUUAAAAUUUCCAACUGACUUUUGGAUGGACACUCUUACCCACUAAUAAGGCAAUAAUAGGGAACACUAUCGAUCCCAAAGGGAAAUUUGAGAAGCAGUGCCAUUGUGAUGUUUGUUUACAUUUUAUGCAUCUCAAUGAUGGUGGAGAAUAUGAAAUUCAUAUUUAAAAUGAUACUGUAUUCCAACUAAACUGAGUGCUCCGGCCCAAGCACUAAAAAGGACAGUCUUCUGUCAGGGAGCCACACUGAGAUGCCAAGGUGACCCUGCAUGGUCUUUGUUUUGUAUUAUCCAGCAGACUUAGCGUUAGUGAUGGACAUUGAGACGAUUCUUUCCAAGGACAUGAUUAAGCAGAUUAAAAAAAUAACAUUAAGCUCAUUAUAUCCUGUUGUAUGUUCCAUAUGUAUUUACAAAGUACAACUACACUGUCAAGUUGACAAUCAUUGAUUUAAGUUUGAAUCAAAACUAACGUGUGCCAGCUCCACGUCACUUGGAUUUACUUGUCUGUUAUGUUUUGGGGUGGGGGGUUCCCAUUAAUUCAGGCAUGCAAGCAUAUACUGUACAAAUAUUUAGAAAGAUGUGAAUAAGAGGUGUGAUCCAAAGCAAUUAAUAUAUGGCAAAAUAUGUGUGGGUGCAUGUAAGGGAGAGUGCGCAGUCAUAGCUAGUUGCUUGGUCUAGAUUUCAAGCGUGGAACCUGACCCUCGAGAUUAUUAUUUAACCACCUGUUACGCACAAUUACUUUGAAUAAAUG